AUGAGUAUGAAGAACACGUUCAGUGCGGCACAGUAUGUGAGAUGCUGUGCCGUGCCUCUCUGUGGCUCAGAGUAUGGGGUCAUGCGUGACACUGUGCGUGUGGCCCCGCGCGUGGUGGCUGGAUGGGACAGGUGGGACAACGUGAGGGGCUGUGCGCCCUGGGAGGGGGGUCCUCAGGAUGCUGACUCUGUGACUGCACUCCCCCACGUGACCCUGAAUGCUGUGAUACUCACAGAUGACUGGCCCCCUGCGCCAGGUCUCUGCCCCAGCUCCCCGCUCCUGUUCCUUGGCCCGCCCUGGCCCCGCCCCUACCCCUACCCCAGGCUGUCACCUCCUGCGGAGACCAGGCGAGGCCGUGGAGGCGACAGCGUCAGAAGCAAGUGA